UAGUGAGAGCAUUUGUAUGUUUUAUGUACAGAAUCAUGGCCAGUAACGAUAGUAUGGAGCCAGCAAAUGAGCAAGUAGUUGCUAACAUAUAUGGUAACAUGCGUUCUGAGAUAAACCAAAUAUACUCGAAGAUUACUGAACUUGAGAUGGAAGUUAGUGAGCAUUCGUUGGUGGUUAAUGCCAUAAGUCCACUUGAUCCAACAAGGCGAUGUUAUAGAAUGAUUGGAGGUGUACUGGUGGAGAGGACUAUCCAAGAGGUGUUACCUGCUGUUACCCGCAACAAAGAGGGUAUUGAGGAGGUGAUAACUCGCCUUAACGAGGCUUUGGAGAGAAAGAAAAAGGAGAUUGUGGAUUUUGAGGCUAAGUAUAAAAUCAGGAUCAGGAAAGCUGAUGAUUUGAAGGAUGAUGGUGCUGGCAAGAAGGAAGGAUCUGCUCAGGGAGUCCUGGUUGGUCCUGCCAGUUCUUCAAAUCAGUAAUUCAAUUCUUUCUUUCUCUGUUUGAGAAUUUGUGUGUUAUUUUGUCUACUUGAAUCUUCUUUAUGGGUUAUUUAUAUGCAAGAAAUGAGAACUUGGAAUCAGUUUGGUUAACUUUUUGUAUCA